GCCGCGGCUCGUCAGGGACCGAGGUAGAGAAGCGGGGGGCGGCUGAAGUGGAGGGGGUUCAGCAGCAGCCAGAGCAUGCACUCCGUGCAACAGUUCCCUGCCCUGCCUGCGGAGGAGGAGCGCUACCGGCAGGUCCUCUCCGCCAACCCGGUUUUAGGAACAGAUGAGGAUAAUAUGGGGGAUGGUUGCUCUCAGAAACUGGCUUCUGCCAAGUUCCUUCGACUUUUGCUCCUAAUACUGAUUCCAUGCAUCUGUGCCCUUAUCCUUUUGUUGGUGAUCCUGCUUACCUUUGUAGGGGUGUUAGAAAAGACAUGCUUUUAUUCAAAUGGAAGUGAGGUCCUCACAGUUAAUGGUGACAUUGAAACCUCUGAUGUUCUUUUGCCAAGCAUGGUUGAAAACAGUUCCAAGACUGAUCCCACAAUGGAUCUCAGCACACAGCCUUCUUCCUGGACCACUAUGCCUUUAUCCCACGUUGACAAAAUGAACAAGAACUCAAACAUAUUUAGAGAGACCUUCCAGGAAAAUUCAUUUGCUCUCACAACUCAAGCCACCAUGCUCAAUCCUCACCCUACAUAUGAAGCUGCUUUGGCAGAGGGCUCUGAAGACAGCACCCAGCUGUUUGUCACUGCAGAGGAGGCAACUUUCUGGUCUAUAGAUGCAUCCUUUAACAACACAGAGAGGAUGACCACUCUGCCAGUAUUAAAUCCUACUCGUCCAUCUGUGUCACAAAAAAUGGAUCAGAAAAAAGGUACCUGCAUAAAUAUCACCAACAGCCAGUGCCAAAUGCUGCCAUAUAACUACACCACUAUAACUUCAGUUCUUUCCAUUGUCAAAAGUAUUGAAAUGGAAAAGUUCCUGAAGUUCUUCAGUUAUCUCAAUCGUCUCAGCUGCUAUCAACACAUCAUGCUGUUUGGCUGUAGUCUUGCUCUUCCUGAAUGCAUCAGUGACGGUGAUGACAGUCGAGGCCUCUUGCCCUGUAGGAUAUUUUGUGAGGCAGCAAAAGAAGGCUGUGAACCAGUCCUGGGUAUGGUAAAUGCUUCUUGGCCUGAAUUCCUGAAGUGCUCUCAAUUCCAAAAUGAAACUGAAAAUGACACCACUACAAGGAUAUGCUUCUCACCACACCAAGAAGAAGGAAAGCAGUCACUGUGUGGUGGAGAGGAGAGUUUCUUGUGUGCCAGUGGGAUCUGCAUCCCAGGGAAACUGCAGUGUAAUGGCUACAACGACUGUGACGAUUGGAGUGAUGAAGUCCAUUGCAACUGCAGUGAUGAUGUAUUUCGUUGCAACACAGGAAAAUGCCUAAAUUAUACCUUUGUUUGUGAUGGAUAUGAUGACUGUGGAGACCUUAGCGAUGAACAAAACUGUGAUUGUAAUCCAGUGACACAUCAUCAGUGUGAAGAUGGGAGAUGUAUAACAGCUGAUUGGGUAUGUGAUGGUGACCAUGACUGUAUAGACAAAUCAGAUGAAAUCAAUUGCUCAUGUCAUAGUCAGGGUCUAGUGGAGUGUAGAAAUGGGCAGUGCAUUCCUAGUGCGUUUCAGUGUGAUGGAGACAAUGACUGUAAAGAUGGAAGUGAUGAAGAAAACUGCAGUGAAAGUCAAACCCUCUGUCAGGAGGGAGACCAGAGAUGUACUUCCUGUCCUGAUCCCUGUGGAACUUCCCUCUGUGAGAUGAGAAACAGCCAGACAAACUGCAGUCAGUGUGAACCAAUUACUCUGGAACUCUGUAUGAACUUGCCUUACAACUAUACUUAUUACCCCAACUACCUGGGCCACAGGACACAGAAGGAAGCCUCUAUCAGCUGGGAGUCUUCUCUUUUCCCAGCCUUGGUUCAGACCAACUGCUACAAGUACCUUAUGUUUUUUGCCUGUACAAUCUUAGUACCAAAAUGUGACCCCCAUACAAAUCAACGGAUCCCACCUUGCAGGACAUUAUGUGUACAGUCUAAGGAACGCUGUGAGUCUGUGCUUGGGAUUGUAGGUCUGCAGUGGCCAGAAGACACCGACUGCACUCAGUUUCCAGAUGAGAACUCAGACAACCAAACCUGUCUAACACCAGAUGAGGAUGUAGAAGAAUGCUCGCCCAGUCACUUCAAGUGCCGUUCUGGGAGGUGUGUCCUGGCAUCCAGAAGAUGUGAUGGUCAAGCUGACUGUGAGGAUGAUAGUGAUGAGGACGGUUGUGGCUGUAGAGAAAGGGGUCUUUGGGAGUGUCCUUUGAAGAAGCUGUGCAUCAAACACACUAUGAUCUGUGAUGGUUUCCCAGACUGUCCUGACAUGAUGGAUGAAAAGAAUUGCUCGUUUUGUGAAGAGAGUGAACUUGAAUGUGCCAACCAUGAAUGUGUGCCACGUGAGCUCUGGUGUGAUGGGCGAGCAGACUGCAGUGACAGCUCAGAUGAAUGGGACUGUGUUACCCUGUCUAAAAACAUGAGUUCCUUGAUGUUCCUGACCGUUCACAGGUCAGCUGCUGAUAACCAUGUUUGUGCUGAUGAGUGGCAAGAAAAUUUAAGCCAACUGGCCUGCAAUCAGAUGGGUUUAGGAGGACCAUCCAAAACAGAAAUUGUAAUAGAGAAUGAGGAAAUGCAGCAUCAAAAAUGGCUGAAUCUGCACUCAGACUGGAAGAAUAAAAAUGCAUCCACUUUACACGCUCUUCUAGUGAAUGGACAGAUGUGUCGAAGCAGAAGCAAAGUGGCUCUCUUUUGCACUAAAGAAGACUGUGGCCGUCGCCCAGCUGCUCGCAUGAACAAGAGGAUCCUUGGUGGUAGGACCAGUCGCCCUGGCCGAUGGCCAUGGCAAUGCUCCCUGCAGAGUGACCCAAGUGGACACAUAUGUGGCUGUGUUUUGAUUGCAAAGAGAUGGGUCCUGACAGUAGCACACUGCUUUGAAGGACGAGAAAAUGCAGCUGUUUGGAAGGUAGUGUUUGGGAUCAGCAAUCUUGAUCAUCCAUCAGUCUUCAUGCAGACCCGACUAGUGAAGACCAUCAUCCUCCACCCACGCUACAACAGAGCAGUCGUGGACUAUGACAUCAGCAUUGUGGAACUAGACGAGGACAUCAACGAGACAAGCUAUGUAAGACCUGUCUGUUUGCCCAGCAAGGACCAGCUGGUUCGGCCAGAUACCUACUGCUACAUCACAGGCUGGGGACACAUGGGCCACAAAAUGCCUUUCAAGCUUCAAGAAGGAGAGGUUCGCAUCAUUUCCCUAGAACAAUGCCAGUCAUACUUUGACAUGAAAACCAUCACCAGCAGGAUGCUGUGUGCUGGCUAUGAGUCUGGCACUGUGGACUCCUGCAUGGGUGACAGUGGAGGACCGCUCGUGUGUGAGCAACCUGCAGGGCGCUGGACUUUGUUUGGUUUGACAUCUUGGGGCUCCGUCUGCUUUUCCAAGGUUUUGGGACCUGGAGUUUACAGUAACGUGUCACAUUUUAUUGAGUGGAUUGAAAGACAAAUAUACAUCCACACCUUUCUGCGAAACUAACUCCAGACGGUAAGCAUUGUGCUGACAGGCAAAAGAAAAAAGGAAUCAGCACUUCAACACUGAAGAUGUUGCAGUCCAGAAGCUCCAUGGAAAGGAGUUCCAAGCUCUAUCUAUUCUUGUUGUAGAGCUAUGGAAUAUGCAGUGUAUGUUAGCAGUAAACCCGCUGCUGGUGAAUACACUUUGGGGUAGCAUUAAUAAUCCUUUUGACAUUUCUUUUAACUGUGUUGUGGGGCUAUUCCAAACACAGCAAAAGGCUUAAAAGACAAGAAUCUGCCAUUUUCUGCCUUUCAGCUAUUCAAACUGAGCAGCAGCACAGACUAGAAAAACCUUUCUAGAUAACCUGUUUUAAUACUAUUCAAUUAGUAACACAUGCAUUUUCACUCCCUUGUCACAAGGAAUGAACUUGGUGCAUUCCCACAGCACUGACAGGACGUAUAUUCACAAGGGCAACCCCAGGCAUGGCCUCACCCCACGCUGGAGGGUGUGGGAGAGCUCGACGAGUUUGUACAUCCCUGUGGCACAGGGCACAUGGAAAUACCCGUGCAGGUCUCCAAAGGGGCACAGCCGUGUGCUGCUGGCUCGCUUGAGCAAACGCAUUCUGUCCCUCAGGGUGGCUAACUUGCGUGGGCAUAACCCUGUGCCACCCUGACUCCACAGCCUCUGUCCCCAGAGCCAGCCCGGGAUCUCUGGGGGGUGACGGAGGGACCGGUUGGCCAACGCACCUGUAACUACCACCUGAGGCACCUGAGACCAAAACUCAGUUGUUCAGACUCUUUGGACAGUUUCUACCACUUCAUUUUCUGAAACUUCCAAUGUCAUAAUGUGCCCAGGAAACACCCGUGUCUUGACAGCACCAGACCAAUUGCACAUUUAUCAAACCUAUGCCCCACUGGCUUUUUUCCCCAUUUUGUAUGGUAUGUUCAACCUAUAAAGUGUACAUUGAAUAUCUCCAGCCCUCUAAAAAGUAACAGAGUUGGCAAUGCCACGGCAACAGUUUCCCUUCCUUGAGCUGCUAGUUUGAACUUCUGGUGAGACAUGGAAAAUGCAGAUUUAAAGUGUAAAAGAUGCAAUGUGAGCAGUAUCCCAACUACUGGGAAAGUAGGUAUUUUUGGAUAGGUCUCUUCUGGUAUCUUGCGUUGAAAGUUUCAUUUUGCUUAGGAAGAUUAAACAACUGGGAAAAAGGCUGAAAGAAAUCUGAAUGAUAGAAUGCUUGGAUUCCAGCUUCUGUUCACAUGAAUAUUAGAAAUAUGUUAAGCGAAGUACAACAGCUUCAUCGGCAAAGGCCCAAAGUAGCCAGACGGUGGAGUGCUCUGGGCAGUAGGCAGCAGGCUAAGCCUUGACUCCAAGAGCCUGGCUGAAAAAAUCCAUGAUAAUGGAGCUUGUUGGCACCUCCUUAUGGCAAGAGAGGGGAGGUGUGUCCUACCAACUGCUGUCGGGACAUCCUGCACAGCUCACAGCUUUUGGGAGGCCACCGUAGGAGUCAGGAACCCGAGGAUUACAGGAUGAAGUUCACCAGGGAGUAACAUGUUUAAAAUUUACGUGUUUCCAGUGCUGUGCCUGGUCCCCUGUGAAUCCAGCCUAAGGCAUGUAAUUCCCCUCUCUGCUACCUCUGGCACGCCCCCAUGACAACACGGCAGGGCUUGGUCAAUACCAUGACUGCUGUACGUGGAAACAUGCAUUAAAAGAGGUAACUAAUGGACGCUUCCAUUAAUCAUCUUACACCUAAUCUACAUGGAUCUGCCUAUUGUUUUAGUGAAGAUUUACCUCUUAUUUCCAUAUCUUCUCCUUUAACGUGCCUAAACAUUACACAUACUAGACGGCGCUCUAGACAGCAUUUUUAAUAGUCAGUAUUCAUGUUAUGGAUUAUGAAACUCUAUUUAAGUGAUUAUUGUACCACUGUUUCAUGCUCAGAAAGAAAACCCUUCUUCGGUUUUGGUUCGUUGAUUAUUUUUUUUUUUUUAUAUAUUAAAGAUUUUACUAUAACAUAUAAAUGCUCUUCUUCCCCCCCAGCUAUAAAUGAGAGAAAGCAGCUGUGACCAUGUUUUUCCAGUGCAAGUAGAUUACCGAUGAAGCAGGUUAUUGGUGCCCUUGCCUCAAGGAUACGGAAUCUGGAGCUCUCAGUCCCCACUUAAGCUUUUCUCCAGGGCCAGGAUCUCUGCAGCUGUAGGGCAGCACCGUUCAAAAUCCCAGAGCCGGUCACAGAGAGUUACCAGAGGAGGCAGCCCAGGGGCCGAGAGCCAGCCCGUCCCGCUGACGCCUCCGGUGACAGGCUGGUUUCACCAAGCUCUGUUUUCCAGCAGUUAAAACAAAGAGGUGCUGUUGUGAAAUGAACAGCCCAGCCUGACAUCUCCCCACCAGAUGAAGUAUUUAGCAGCUUGGAAUUUUGUAAAGCACUGGAGUACGUAUAAUCAUUUCAUGUAGAUAUCAGCACUACCAAAUGAUAAUAUGUAAUUACACAUCUUAAUUACCUGGGUUUGGCCUGUGACUGGUUUCCAAGCAGUCCCUCCCAGGAAAGGAGGGAGAGCCCUGCUUAAACAUACUGUCCAGCCCCUCCUGUAUGGGACCAGUCUGAAGAAAUCACAGGCUGAGCCCCACCCCAAAUGGCUUUAGGAGGGAGCAGUUGGGUCUUUUCCUUCCCUGCAACUGUGUCUGACACAACAUUCCAUGUAAAGAAGAAAAUUUGUAAUUUUAUAAAUGUAUUUUUAUACUGCUUUUUUUAUGUGUGCACAUGAAAUAGACAAACAUACUCCUUCUUCCACUGUAUCAAGCCUUUCCCUGUGUGCUGACAUAACGGCUAUGGUCACAAUUACGCUGUUUCUCUUACAAGUGUAGCCUCACUGUAAGGUAACAAUCGUUGGUUUUACUUCUACCACAGCUGUAGCUCCAAAUGGAAGGAAUGUCACACAGUCAAGCAGAUGUGUUUCUUUCUCGCUGUACUAAUAAAAAUUUACAAUCAUUUUCCAAGUAACUUCUCUGUUGAAAAUGUGCUUUAAUCUUGAGAGACACCCAAAACCGAAAUGGAGGUGUGAAGUUACAACUUUAGCAAUAAUGCCUAAAAAGAACCUUAAAAACAUAUUUGCAUACUCUUACCUGGCUUUGUUAAGCAGCCCUGACAGCCCUGUUGGCACUACACUUGGGGAGGUUCUGGCAGGUCAGCCACUGUACAACUUCUAGUUUCUUCUGCAUGUAUGCUUCCAAUAUAGAACAUUACCAAGAAUCCUGCUGCCAACGACUACUCUGGAUAGAAAAAUCUGAAAAACUAAAGCUGCAUUCAAAUUUCUCUGAACACAUUUUGUUCUACGGCUUUCCUCCGGAAUAUAAUUAGUUUGAAAAAAAACCUCCUUUUAACUAUUAUGCAGCACUUAAGUCAACAACAUGUACACAUGCUGACGUCAGAAUAAUAAACAAAAUAAUAAGCAGAAAGUUAAAAUUGCUAAAAAUUUGCCUUUUCACUGCAGUCAACAGUAACGUAUCCAGGACCAUGAGGGCAAGAGUAACAGAACCAGAAGAGGACAUGAACAAAUAAUACAAAAACCACAUUGAAAUUCAGCUGAGACUGUUCCUAACUGAGUCACCUUCAGAACUCGCCCCUCUGCAGAGAGCGAGGGUGGUCUGGCCAGCGGCAGAGCUGCGCCCGCCGGUGCCGAGGGAAACGCCACAGCUUGGGCUAAACAUCCAGCUCAAACUGAGCCCCAGGUACAGCCCAAAGCUCACAGGGCUGUGAAAACACUCACUCAAUAAAGGCUGUGGCUGACUGCCACCUGCAAAUGGUUAGCAUACAGGUGUGGCUGCUGUGAAAAAAUAAAUAAUAUUAAAAAGCUGCCCUUUUUUUUUUCUGUAAAUCAAAUAUUGCACAUCAAAAAGUGAGUUAAAGCUGCUCUAGGUGUAGCUACAAACUUUGGGGGAGCUAAAAGGUGGCUGUUUUGGUCUGUUUUAAACUGACAAACCUGUAAAUGCUAUGCUUUCCUUCAUGACAUCUGGAAGACACAUGUGAGAUUAUCUUAAAAAGCCUGUUUUCAAAAUGGAAAAGUCAGGUCAUGCUGUUCUUAAGUGCAGAAGAGAGGAAGCAUGCAAGGGAUCCUGUCGUCUCCGGGGCUAAAAAAAUAUAAAGGAAACAUUCAACUGUUGAAAAGCAAAGGGAGAGCGAUUCGCUUUCACCCUUCUCUUGGCACCACUUUAGGUAUGGGCAAUUAACAUUUUUAAGCUUUUAGACUCACUACCCUCAUCUCCCUUCAGUAAAAAACAGCAAGUGAACACAGCAGACAGCCC